UUGAAUAAGCCUAGAAAUUUCUCCCUGGUUUGUUAUUCUAGUCUCAUUAAUGUAAAACUUAUGCUUGGUUUGGGUGCAUGAUAUUGAUGUUGCAGAGACAAAGGGUGGAAUAUGGCAUCAUCAUCCAAUUCCCCGUGCGCGGGAUGUAAGUUAUUGAGGCGGAAAUGCCAGCCAGAGUGCGUAUUUGCUCCCUACUUCCCACCUGAUCAGCCCCAAAAGUUUGUCAACGUCCACAAGGUAUUUGGCGCAAGCAACAUCACAAAACUGCUUAACGAGUUGCACCCAUCGCAGCGAGAGGACGCUGUCAAUUCACUAGCAUAUGAGGCAGAUAUGCGUCUUCGUGACCCUGUGUACGGUUGCGUUGGAGUCAUAUCUCUUCUUCAGCAUCAGCUCCGCCAACUGCAAAUGGAUCUGAGCUGUGCCAAGUCUGAACUGUCAAAGUACCAGAGCUUGGGCAUCACCGGCCAUGCUGGCCUCAUAGCGGCGGCCGCAGCUGCGGCCACAGCCACGGCCACCACACAUCAGAGCUUGGGGAUAAAUCUGAUCGGGAGCGGUGGUGGCGCAGGCCGGGAACAUCAUUACCACCACCAGUUCUUCCCACGUGAUCAUCAUCAUCAGCAGAUGAUAAGGAGCUUCGAUGCUGGCAGUAACUAUGAUGCAAGCCUUCUUGGCAUGAACGUCUCCUCAGGGAUUGGUCAACUCAGUCAGUACCAACAACCUAGAGCCGCUGCUGGAGAUGACCGCCGUACCAUUGACCCCUCUUAG